AUGCGCUUUCUCGAGCGACACACAGGAAUCCGCAUCCCACACAUCCUACACCACGGCAGCAGCGACGAAAGUCCGCCCGGCCUAGGCCCGUUCAUUAUCAUGGAGUACAUCGACCAUAACGCUGAUCUUGUUGAUGCACUGAGCACGGCCGGAAUACCGGAUGAAGAGCGGCCUGUUCUUGAUCCCAAUAUCGAUGAGAAUAGACUGCGCUCGGUGUAUAAUCAGAUGGCGGGCCUGUUGCUGCAGGUUGCGAAGCAUUCGUUCCCCCGUAUUGGAUGCAUAUCUAAUGCCGCGGAAGAUGAGUUCGAGGAUGAGUGGGUUGUGCGGCACAGGCCGUUGAGUAUCAAUAUGAAUGAGCUUGUGCAGGUUGGUGGUGUGCGUGCUGAGGAUUUGCCCGGGAAAACGGAGACUUUUACGACGGCGGCGGGGUAUUUACUUGCUCUUGCGGAGUUGCAUAUGACGCAUCUUUCGUCGCAGCGGAAUGAUGCUAUUGACGAUGCGGAGGAUUGUAGGACGAAGUAUAUUGCGCGGUGUUUGUUCCGGAAGCUUGCGAGGGAAGGGCGGCUUUGUUGGGUCCGGGAGGAGGGGGUGUUUAAACUGUUCUGUGAUGAUCUACGGCCGGCGAAUGUGCUUGCUAACUCGGACUUUGGGUUUAAGAUAUCCGGGGCUAUUGAUUGGGAGUUUGCUUAUGCGGUGGGUUUUGAUCAAUGUGGUUAUCUUUUUCAUGGUUUCUUCGUUGAGCAUGGUUGUUUUCCAGGUUGA